GAGCUCCUGCAACAUGGAGAGCUGGCCGCUGCUGACCAAACAAGUGGACAUACAGGCCGCUGAAAGAAAGGCCCUAAUGGCCCUCAUCUACUGGGCCGUCCUAAACAAUCGUCACGCACUGUGCAAGGUCCUGUGGCAGCAGAGCUCUGAGCCCAUCGCUGUGGCGCUGGUCAUCUCCAACAUGUUCUACCGUCUCCACAAGCUCUGGAUCACGGAUGUCCGGCUCUCAAAGGCUGUCAAGGACUCGGCUGUCCACUUUGGAACCCUGGCAAUCCACGUCAUGGACCUGACCUACAGCGACUCGGCCCUGCUUGGCUUCCACGCUCUGGUCAACCCCCUGGACGAUUUCAACCACAUGAACGUGGUCGACCUGGCUCUGAUCGGCAACAACAUCUUCUUCAUCGCCCACCCGUGCUGCCAGAGGUCUAUGAGGGAGCGUUGGCUGGGGAACAUCAUCGUCAAGUCUUUUGGGAGGUUCCCCAUCAGUAUACCAGAGUUCAUGAAGAUACUGCUGUGCUUGUUUUUUGUGUUCCCGAUGUAUUUCUGGUUGAACUUUGACACCAGGACGCGCCAUGUCAACAAACUCAAAACCCUGGAAACCCCAGCCUCAACUAAAGCAGAAAGCAACUUAAACCAAUCCGCCGAUAUUGAAGACGAGAUUUACAAUCAAGAUGGGUCUCGACCGUCUUCGCCAGUCUAUGAGGAAGACCCCUUUGCUACCCCGAAUAUUUUCUGGCAGAUUUAUUUCCUGUGGACAGCACCCAUCUCGAAGUUUUGGCUCAAUCAGCUCUUUAUGUUGAUCUAUCUGGCCCUGUUCGCCUAUGCUAUGAUGAUUCCCUACUGUGGUGAUGAGAAAAUCAACAUCACCCUCAUGCUCUGGACCACAGUCAACCUUACAGAGCACAUCAUCGGUAUCGUUAAGAUUAAACUGAAAUUUCCGACGUACGAUUUAUUUUGGCCUCUGAUGGACAUCACGGUGGAGCUGCUGAUCUGUUGCGUCACGCUCCACCAAAUCCUGCAAGUCCACGAUCUGCUGCCUGACCGUGUCUACAAGACCAACUUCGUCGCCUACAAGUUCCACAUGGCCCUGGGCAUGCUGUUCAUGUAUUUCAGGGCCCUCAGGUACCUUCUGCCUGUCAGUCAGGAGCUAGGGCCAAUGCUUGUCAACAUCACGAACUUGACCAGGACGGACGUACCGGUCUGGUUCACACUCUGGGCCUUCCUGCUGUUCUCCAUGUCCCUGGCCAUUCAGUUCAUCAACUACCCCGCCCUCCCCUUGACCUGGCCGCUCCUGGGUAAGGCCCUCUUACGCGGGAUACUGGGCCUUUUUCUCACUGAGAUCUCAGAUCUAGACGAUGAUCCGGUGUGUCAUAAGCUGCACAGGAUAUCAGAAAUAGCUUACACGUGUGAUGGAAGCACCCUAGGACCAUUCCUGCAGAAACGAGUCGCGCAUUGUCCCUACCAGACAGGGUUGGGGUAUGUGAUGGUGAUUCUUCAUUUGCUCAUCACCAGGAUGGUCUACUUUACCCUCAUGUUCGCCAUUUUUGGGGUGACCAUCAACAAGACCACGGUCAGAUCGGUGGAGAUAUGGAAGUACCAGUUCUAUUCCAUGGUCACAGACUUCGAGAGCAGAUCCGUGGUGCCAGCACCUCUGAUAGCGAUCACCUACCCGUUCCGUGUCAUGAUCUACUUCGGCAAACUGGCCCUGACAAAUUUGUUUCGUUGUAACUUUUGUUUUCAGGACCAGUUCAAGCGACAAGAAUCCGAGUUCUACUCCGUGCCCUACAACCGAUGGAAGUCCUACAUGUCUAUCAUGGCCAAACGGGAAGAGGAGAAGGAGACCAACAUAUUGGAGACGCUAUCCCAGCUUGAAGAAGACAGUGCCGCCCAGAAGGUGAUGAUGCGGCGUCUCAACGACCGACUUGUGGACAUCGAGAAGAGUCAGAUGUUGAUUGGCUUUGCGCUGGAGAGUUUACUCAACAGUCUGCAUAAUCUAGACCCUAAAGCCCAGGUACAGAAGGCCCAGGCCCAGACACGCCCCAUCCACGUGGAGUCCCGGAAGUCGCCCUACCCAGGCACAGACAUUAAUCGAUUCCCUGUAUUGGAGAAGGAAAUCUUGUGGGAGGUGACGUUGGAGACCUACGACCCGCCCGAGUACACCAAGCCCGUGGAGGAGUUUCCUCUUGACCUCCAGCCAUGGGUGGACCCAGAUAUUUUAAACUUGAACGCAGAGGGUCUCUCCAUCCACCUGGUGGGUCUAGAGGAUGAAAACUUGCCGCAUGUAAUUCACCAGUUUGAACCUAACUAUAACGCCGUCACCACCAUAACGCUGCCCAGUGGUCAUACAGGGGUCAUUGAUAGGACCACAUACAUGACCUCCAACGCUGAGCCGCUGCAGUACGAGCUAGAUGCCACUUCAGUUCCCAGAAAUCCCAUGGGUAGAACUGGGCUCCGUGGCCGAGGAAAACUUUAUUUCUGGGGUCCGAACCACAUGAUGCAGGCCGUCAUCUCCAGGUGGAAGGCCCAGCCCUCGGGCCAACAGGUGGCCUCCAAGGCCCAGGACCCGCCCAGCUCCAAACGUAUCGAGAUCCUGGUCGUCCAGCCGCCGGACACGAGAACCGUCUCACUUCCAGCGGAAUUUGUUAUUGGUGGUAUUUCGCCCCACGGAACCAUGUGCACCUUGUUGAAGAAUUACCUGAGCAAGGACAGCGACGCGGAGGAUGUGGCCAAUUAUGACCAGGAGGAAAUGGUGCAGUUCUACAGCCAGUUCGCUUCAGCUGAGAUGCAGAAGAAGAACAAGUCAAUGUACGCCUACUACGGCUACUCCGCCAUGAUGGUGUACAGAGGUUACCAAGACGACCCUAGCAACACGGACAACGCCUGGCAGGAGACAGAGAUCUGGAACUUUCACUACAAGUACAAGGACUGUUUUGAUUCCAAGAUAAAGGAGGGUGAGCGCAUCUUCUGGCUGCCAGUCACAGAAAACAUGCAGCUGUCUCCCAUAGAGUUCUCGGCCGUCUUGGAGUCAGCCAAGCUCCACAAUGCUGAUGUCUGAUGUUUAUGAUGGUGAUGGUGUGUGAUGUGAUGUGUCUAGCUGAUCUCUGAUGUUUAUGAUGGUGAUGGUGUGUGAUGUGAUGUGUCUAGCUGAUCUCUGAUGUUUAUGAUGGUGAUGGUGUGUGAUGUGAUGUGUCUAGCUGAUGUCUGAUGUUUAUGAUGGUGAUGGUGUGACGUGUUGGAGUCAGCCAAACUCCACAAUGCUGAUGUCUGAUGUUUACGAUGGUGGUGGUGUGUUUAUGAUGUUGUUGGUGUGUGAUAUGAUUUGUCGUGUUGGUAUUUACCAAAUUCCACGAGCUGAUGUUUGAUGUUUAUGAUGAUUAUGUACGAUGUUAAACAAAAUUGCAACUUAGAAUUCAUAAUCUUGCUAUGUUGUAUCAAACGUUCACAACGACGAUGUGUAAUA